AUGAUUAAAAGCUGGACCCGAGUUGCUACAAGAUCUGCUUCGCAAUUAACUGCUGCACAAUUCAAACGUAUUAUAAGCGCAUCUUCUAGCCUUUAUUCAACUUCAAACUACUCUACUGAAUCUCUGGACCAGAAGUACAAGGAUAAAUUAUUAGAGAAAGCCCGUGAACAAGGUUACAAUAGUAUCGAGGAGUUAAAGAACGCUUUAAAAGAGGAGAUAGAAAAGAAGAAGCUUGAAUUGAACAAAAUCGAUCCAUUAAAAGAAUUAGAGGACUACGAACAGAGAACCAAGAUGUCCAGCAAUAUAGCAAAAUCACGUGGUCCUAUUGAUCCAUCUACUCCAAAGAUGCCAUACAAAACUCUAGAUAGCUUCUUGGACGUUGAAAAGGUCAAAAAUCUUUCUAAACAAGAAUGUGAGUUUUUGUGGAGAGCUAGAUGGGCAAAUAAGGACAAUGUCUUGACCGCUGUUGUUCCUAUUGAUGUCUGGAACAAGAUGAGUGCUUUGGCCAAGGAAAACCCUUACUUUGUAAUUCCUUUGCCUAGAGAAUCUGCAGUUGUCGAAGGAAAUGAGGAAAGCAACGCUGCUCCAGCAGACAAGAAGGAACCAGCAGUGGAGAUGCAUUACAUUCAAUGGCAAUUUGUUGGCCCCAAAACCGUUCACUGUAUCAUGACAACUCUAGCUGAAUUUAAAUUACACAAAGAGUAUGCCCGCCCACACACUACAUUACAAUUCCAUUUGGAUUUGGCAGAGGACAAAAAUAUUGUCUUGAUGAAUGGUCAAGUGGAGACAGAUUCUAAUGUAACUUUGCCAGAGUCGCAACUAUUGGUGUUGAAUGUGCAAAGAUUCUAUGGUGCAAUGGGACAAGAUACCAGUUUCGCAAAGAAGAGGGUCCAACUCCUAAAAGAUUUCACAAGCGGUUCUCCACAGUUCAACGUCGAUCUUUUGGUAGCUUUAGCUCAAACCAUGGAAUAA